UCGUGGUAAUAUGAUUCAAAUCCUCUUAUGUACAAUACGGGAGUGAUUCGUAGGACGUCUUUAAUUUAACGAUUUCUGAAGAAAAGGGAAACAUCCUCGACUGUGAAUAUCGGAAAGUGGUAUGAUGUGAAUAGUUUGAUCCCGUUUACGAGUAAUCAGUCAAUUUGAUUGAAAAAUCAAGCAAAAUGGAAGUGAUAUACAAGAGUGAUCUUAAAUACAUUUUAUUAUUUUCUUCAAUGCUGCUACUUCUACUACUCAAGCUGGAUUUACCGGAUGUGAAAGAUUUUAGGAUUUAAUUUAAAAACGUAAACGUUUAGUGUCAAACAAGAAACUAUGAAAGACUCUAAGAUUUAAUUAAAGAACCAACCAACACAACAAAAACUAUGAAAAUCAAACUCUGUGAUAGAUAAAUCAUAACACAGAUACAAACAAAAUAAAAUGUCUCCAAGGCAAUGGCUAGCGCUGUUAGGAUUUUACACAGCCUAUUUAUUUUUCGGGGCCAGCGUUUUCUACUACACCGAAAAUGGAUACGAAACGCAACAGCGAGCUGUUGAAUUGCAGAAACGGAUUGAUAUAAAUGAGCUACUAGUGAAACACACAUCACCAAACGACGUAACCAUCCAAAAUGAAGUCUUAACAAAGGUAUCAAUCUACUGUAAGAAACCGGUCACCAAUCACACACUGGACAAAUACAUCGAUCCACACGUUUGGAGUUUUUAUCAUUCCGUUUUUUUCUCCUUUACCGUUUGCUCAACGUUAGGAUAUGGCAACAUUACACCGACACAUUCGUUCGGAAGAUACUUCAUGAUUGUGUAUGCACUGAUCGGAAUGCCAGUCAAUGCAAUUCUGUACACCUAUUUGGGUGAAUUUUUCGGAAAAACUUUCACUAGGAUCUACAAACGGUACAAGGCCUACAAAAUUGCCACAAACAAAAAUUACGUACCCCGACGAUUAGGCAUGAUUGCGCAAGUAUCGUUAUACCUUGUUCCUGCAUCAAUUGUGCUGAUAUUUCUGCCGUCGUGUUUAUUCACUUACUUCGAGGGAUGGACCUAUUCAGAUUCAGUGUACUAUUCAUUCGUAACCUUGUCAACCAUUGGAUUUGGGGACUUUAUUCCAACAUUCCAGCCGCAUCAGGAACGAGUUUUUGGAAUCUAUUUCCAAUUUUAUCAAGCAUUCGUCAUCAUUUGGUUGGUAUUUGGUCUGAGCUAUUUGCUGAUGUUAAUUGGUUUUAUUGCCAGAGGAAUGCGUAGCAAACGAAUUACUAGAUUGGAACACCAACUGUCGGAGAAUAUCAAACUUACACAAAAUAAAAUUUGGAGUGGAGUCACUAAAGACGUUAGCUACUUGCGUAGAAUUCUCAACGAAAUUUACAUGUUAAAAUUUAAGGCUGUCUACGAUGAGCCCGAUGACAGCCAAUCCCUAAACAACAACUUUCCACGAUCGGCAUCAUGUCCCUCAUUGCAGCUUUAUCGCACUAAUGUACUUUUGGAAUUCGAAAGAAAACGUACCUUAUCCGACUACCACGUCUACGAUUCCGACAAUCCAACAUUGUUGAGCCGUCAUUCCGAGUCGGACCUGUUCAGAAUCAACAAAACGAAAACAUUUCGCGAAAAGAACGAACUGCCUUUUGAUACGGGAGAGAUGUUGGCUAGAGUGGUUCGCGCAUUGGGUAAUAUUACCGCUGAUGAUGACGAAUGCAACGAUAGCGACAUCAUACAGGACACUGAAACAAUGACGUCGGCUAUAUCGGUUAAAUCGAGUGAACAUGAGUAUUCCAUACCACCGGCGAAGCCAAGAUCUCGAGCGGUGUCUGCCUAUCGAAAAUCGUCGAUUAUACCGUUUGAAUCGGCACACAAAUGGACAUGGAACGGAACUAAUGCUCAAAUUCAAGAGUUCCGGAACAUGCGUCACAAAUUGAAUAUUAAAGAAAAGGAAAUUGUUCCGAACAACAAUCUGACGUGCUCCGUGAAAAUAGACGAACCUUGCACGAAACCAUUACUUCCGAGAUUUAAUCCGACCACCAAAACCGAUCAGUUGCCGAAAAUUACAGUUGGUCAUCAUCAGAAACGAUACUCGAUUGUUGGCCAAGAGCAUUUGCCUCUAAAGCGAAGACCUUCGCGGAUUGGUUACUUGAAACCGCUACCGAAUUCUUCCUCUCGACGUCCAAGCAUUUUCGACUUUCAAGAGAAUCAGGCCGACAAAAAUUUAUUGGAAAAUACGACCAUAGCCGAUUUGAUACGGGUAUUAGAAACGGCACACACAUUAAACAAUUCGUGCAAUGAUCCGGCUCUGCAAGAACUACUCGGUGUCAGUCCGAAACAAUCUGGCAAUCGAAGAGCUUCGAUGUAUCCUCGGUAUAGCGAACAACAUCCGAUGCGCCCAUUGAUAAAUGGAAAAUCUUCAACUCACCACUACGACCACUUGCCGUUGCCACAGCCCGAUCCCAGCAAUUUCGCUCAAAGACGAUUCAGUGUGCACCCAAACCCGUCAAGACGUUCGUCGUUCUCAAAUAGUGCAGUCACAACAUCGAUAAAACAACGCAGACAAUCCAUGCGGCCCAGCCAUUGGUUAAUGCACAAUAACAAUUCGACCGAUGUAACAGAAGUUACCGGUAGAUUUACGGUUUCGAAGCGGUUGAGACCGACGAAUAGCUUUCGAAUGCAAAACAAUUUUUUGAGGCGCACAGUGGCCCAGGCCAGCCAGAAUAGCCUCUCUGAAUUGAACGAGAAAUGCGACGACAGAAUUGUUUGAAUAAAUAAAUAGAAAUGAAAAGUGAGAGAAUUUCCCGUCGUUUCAAUUGCAGAAGAUCCAGUCUUGUUAUUCGAUUAAGAAUUACGAGGAAGGACUGCGUGAUUCUGUUCCUUUCUACGUCUG